AUGACGUUUCUAUACACCAGCUCUAUCAAAUCCUCAUUCUGGCUCACUCUUCUCGUCACUGCCACUAGUGUUUCUGCUCAUGGCCAUGUUGACGAGAUCAUCGUCAAUGGUGUAUCCUACCAAGGCUAUGGAAGCACCGACUUUCCAUACAUGCAAGACCCUCCUGUUGUUGCUGGCUGGACCAUUGAGCAAGCAGACAACGGCUUCGUUUCACCUGACAAGUACAAUGACCCAGACAUCAUCUGUCACCGAGAUGCAACUCCAGCCAAGGGACAUAUCGAACUUGCUGCUGGUGACACUCUCACUCUCCGAUGGUCAGGCUGGCCUGACAACCAUAAUGGCCCUGUCUUGAACUACCUCGCCAACUGCAAAGGCCCUUGUGAGCGAGUCGACAAGACCGAGCUUGAAUUCUUCAAGAUUGAUGGUUUGGGCCUUCUCGAACAGGGCACGCCUGGCACGUACGCAGACAGUGUACUCAAGGACAAUGGAGACCGGUGGAAUGUCCGCAUUCCAGAGAAUAUUGCUCCUGGAAACUAUGUUCUUCGCCAUGAGAUCAUUGCUCUGCACAAUGCUCUGGACAAAGGUGGCGCACAGAACUACCCACAAUGCUUCAACUUGAAGAUCACUGGCGAUGGAUCUGACUCCCCUUCCGGCUAUCUCGGUACUGAGCUUUACGAUGCCGAGGAUCCUGGUAUUCUUGUCAAUGUCUACUCUAGCUCUGUUGACUAUGAAGUUCCUGGUGUUGAGGAUUCUGCCAUGGAAGUCGAUAAACCGCCUGCACCCGCGCCGCGAAAACUCAAAGCCUCCGAUCUUCCUCUACCUUCGGCGACAAGAGCGGCGAUAGAAUCCCUCGCGCAUAGCUUCAAGAAGGAGGGCGCCUACGAUUCUAUUCGAAAACAAGUCUGGGACAAAUUUGAAGCUAGCGAUUACGAAGCUCAAGUCACAAAAUCAAUUCUUGAAGUCGCCGAGCAGGAAAUCGAACGCAAUCCGCAGCAACUCCUCACGCUCGAUCGUCGAAAGGCUGCAGCCCUCAUCGAUGGCGCUUUAGAAAGAUCUGGAGUCUACCAGAAGGCAGAAGAUGUCAUCAGCCAAUUGAUUGAUGUUGAUGCUAUAGAAGAGCGCAUCCGCGAAACACGCCGGGCAGAUGUUGGCGAAGAAGCAGCAGAGGCGGAAAAAGCUCGAGGCGCGAAAACAGACGAGGAGUAUGCUGCUGAAACCGAGGCCCGAAGGACAGAGCGUGAGCGCGUACGGGAAGAACUACGACAGAAAGAAGCAGCAAUUGAAGAAGAGAAGAGACGAAUUUUGAAGGAGGAACGAAAAAAGGAGGAGCGAGAACGUGAGAAAGCCGAGCUCAAACGUCAGGAAGAAAGAGAUGAGCGUCGCAGAAAGCGCGAACAGGAACGUGAAGAACGUGAGAGACUGCGAGAUAUCGAAAGGGAGAAGCGGCACAAAGAGCGUGACAGGGACCGCGACAGGGACCGAAGCCGGAACACACGAGACCGGGAUAGAGGCCACGACCGAGACCGAGACCGAGAUCGUCAUCGUGAUGAUGACCGACACAGGGAUGAUCGGCAGAAGGAGAAGUUGGCUGUUUCUGCAGAGUUGAAAGAGAAGCUCUCCAAAGAGGAACAUGAGCGCCUGGAACAAGAGGCUCUGGCCGACUUACUUCGCGAAAGUUCCAAGCCAUCUCAAAAGCAAGAGAUGGAGGUUGAUGCGGCUUUGGCACCGCCUCCACGGAAGACAGGGCCUGUUUCAGCCAUCAACCCCAUUCGGCGAGAACGCUCAUCCAUCACCGAGGGCCGCAAAACCAGCGAUGCAGGGCUCAAGGUCGAACGUGGCGGUUCCGAAACCCCCUCCCGUGCAAAGAAGCCUGCAGUGGACGAAGCUAAACCAGGGCGAAGUGCUUCCCAAGUUGUGGACCAUGACGGAGAUCGCGACAGAGAACGUGAUCGUCUACGUGAGCGCGAUAACCGUCGUGAGCGUCGCUCAAAUUCUCCACGCAGAGGCCAGAGUGGUUCGCGCGUUCGAGACAGACAGAUGAUCGCACUGCUAGAAGCCGCUCUCGUCCUAAGUAUGAUCACUAUGAGCGAAGCAGAUCUCGGAGACGCGAACGCAGUCGAUCUCGACCUAGGACGAGAUCGAAGCCGAGAAAGGAGAGAUCGCUCGCGUUCGCGGCUGCGCACUGAUAGGCGGGAUAGAACCCGCUCCCGCACUCGACGUGACCCAAGUCGUUCCCGCGACGUUCGACUUGGUGGAGCUGAUCACUAUGACCCCCGAGAAAGAGAUCGGGAUAGAGAUCGUCCUCGAGAACGCGAGAGAAACGAGAGAUCUCCCCCACGACGACGAAGUCGGGAGAGGGCUCGUGAUGACCGUGAUCAGGAGAAGUUACGCGAGAGAGAACGCGACAAGGCUCCCGAGAAGGAACGUGAAAAGGAAAAGGAAAAGGAGAAACCAUCCGACCGACGAAGCCCUUCACGAUCACUAGCUCCCGCCUCUGCCACGCGACCCAGUUCUAGCAAGGCACAGGAUGAACUUGAAGAGUGGAAGCAGGAAGAGGUCAAGAAGCGAGAAAAGGAGGCCAAGGCAUAUCUGGCGGCUCAAAAGGACGCUAGAAACAAGGGCCUACCGAUCCCAGGACUCGACGACAAAAAGAGUAGCGGCGACAUAUCUCCAGACUUGCGACGCCGCCGAGUCACCGACGACAUUGAUAGAUAUAUGCCUGGAGGUCGUGAAGAGCGCAGGACGAGCCGCACUAGGAGUCGUAGCCGCCAGCGUGACGCGACCAAGGAUCGAGACCGUGAAAGGGACAGGGGAGAUAGAGAUAGGGACCGUGAUAAGCUGAGAGGUGGGGAUAGCUACCGCGAGCGAGAUCGGGACAGAGAUCGAGACCGCAGAGACAGAGACAGGGAUCGAGAUCGAUCUCGUGAACGUGAGCGGGAUAGAGAUCGUCGUGAUCGCGACAGAGGCCGUGAUAGGGAUCGGGAGAGAGAAAGGUCCAGAGAUAGGAGAAACAGACGAGAUCGGAGUUUGUCUCCCAGGCGAGAGCGACGGGACACUAGCAGGAGUCGUCGCUAA